AUUUCUCCCCUCCCUCUAUGUACAUCCAUCCAUUCAUCCAUCCAUCCAUGCCUUCCCUUCCCGUGUAUGUCUCUGUCUCUCUCUUGUAUGGGUCAGUUGAGAGGUCGCACUGGGCCCUGGCACUGGCGUCGGAGGAGCCUCCCGCACAGGCGGCUGACGGCGGCUCUGGGCGUGUCGUCCUCCUCCGGCUUGAUCAUCGCCAGGAUGCUCUCCCCCAUGGCCUUGCGGACAAUGGGCGGAAUGGGCACCUCCUCGGGCCUGUCGGUGGAUAGAAACAAAGGAUGCAUGCGCAUGCAAUGAUGACAAAUCCCUUCUGCAAUGAGAGCAUGAGCGCAGGGUGCGCGCGAUGCCGUGCUUACCGAGGUGUCCGCUUGUAGGCGGGGCGAUAGUACGUCGGGAUGAUGAAGUGGUCGUGGGCUUCGGCGUCGUCGAGCAGCUGAAUGCCCGGCACCCACAGCGACAGACGGCUGCCGCUGACGCGAGUCGACAUGGGACGUCGAGUGGUGACUUUGCACUGAAAAGAAGAAGCGGAAAGCGUCUCAGCGACGAAGGCAGGGGCAGGC